AUGGCAGAUGGUCUGGAUAGUGAAGUCACGGUCAAUACGAGAGCUCUCAUCGACAAGGUGUUGGCACGAUAUUCGAGCGAGCACACGACUUUAAGAGAACUGAUACAAAACGCUGCCGAUGCAAAAGCGGACACUGUUACGAUCAAGUUUGAAACAGAUCCUUCUCUGACUGUUCCUACACCGCAUGGAGCCGAUGACGCUGCAAGACUCAAGCACAUCAUCCAGAAUCAUACCAUGAAGCGGCUGGCAGUCACGAACAACGGUCAACCGUUCACAACAGCGGACUGGAGUCGACUGAAGAGCAUUGCUGACGGAAAUCCUGACGAAACGAAGAUUGGUGCUUUUGGCGUUGGUUUCUACAGUGUUUUUGCCGACUGUGACGAGCCAUUUGUGGUAUCUGGCGACAAGACGAUGGCAUUUUACUGGAAGGGCAACACACUUUCUACAAAGCUGGGUGCUGUACCAGAAGAGCAUUCUAACAAGAACACAACAUUCUAUCUUGACUACCGACAAGCCAAUCAGGAGUCGCCCUCUUUCAAUCCAUCCAAACUGCCAAAUUUGCCGAAACUUUGUCAAUUCCUGGCCACGAGUCUGACCUUCGUUGGACUGGAAACAAUCGAAGUGCACGUAGACGACUACGUGGUAGCAUCUUUCUCAAAGAAGAUAUCGCCUCCAGAAGAAGUCCGAUUACCCCCAGGAUUAAAGACCGAGACCGAAGGCGGCUUGAUGCGGGUCACGCAUGUGACACGACAGCAGUCGCAAAUAGAUGCCAGUUGGCUGAAUGUCAUUGCUACGGCUCAGAAUCCACCAAAACUGCGUGCCGCAAGUGCCGUGCAACAGGAGGUCCGUAAUGCAGGCAAUUCGCUAAAGAGCUUCUUCUCCAAGUUCUCGGCUCCAGCUCCGCCACCUCCAUCCAAGACCAAGACUCAAGUCGUUGAGAAGGCUAGUGGCAGCAGUGAAGAUAUCGCGGGAGAAUCAAAGGGAACCAUCUUUCUCCAAGUCUGCACAAUUGAAGUCGCUACACGUGUAAACCGCAACUUUGCUGCGGAAAUUGAGCGAGCAACGAAGAAGUCGCCUCCAAAAACCACCAAGAUCGCACUCCUAACAUCUCCAUACCAAGAUCCAUCAGCAUCUCUUUCGAUUGGGUCUGGCAAGACAGAGAAGCUGGCGGACAAAAUCUUCGCCGAAGUACUACCAACAAAGGCUGGCCGUAUUUUUAUUGGCUUCCCUACAGCACAGACGACCGGCUACCUCGCUCACGUCUCCGCACCAUCACUCAUUCCUACCGUGGAGCGAGAAAACGUUGAUAUGAAUGCGCGCUACAUAUCCACGUGGAACAUUGAGUUGUUGCGAGUAGCAGGCUUGGGUUGCCGCAUCACAUACAUGUCAGAGAUGGCAGCAAUACAGGCUCGUGUUGGCAAAGAGUCGAUCGAGGCACUAGUUCCGCGGGCCAUAUACACGUUUCAGCAAUACACGCCGAACUCCUCGCAUCCAUCUACGGCGCUGGGAGAAAAGAUUGAGGAAGCCUUUUGGCAUUGCUCAAAGGAGCGCUCUGUCGAGAUUCUGUCAACCAAAGGCGUCAUGGCAAGCAAGUAUGUGCGAAUGCCGGCAGAAACGCUCAGCUUCUUAGGCGAGGUGCCAAUGGUACCCCAAGAGCUCGCAAAUGGUGCUGUUGAUUUCAUGGUCAAGCUGCAUGAGCGAGGCUUCAUCUCGGAGCUUACUAUGCAAGAUAUCCGGCAGGGGCUCGAAUCGCGGGCGCUGAAUGAAGAUGAGCUCGGCGAAUUUUUGAAGUGGUGCGGUUCCAAGCUUGAAAAUGGAGAGCUUGACGUACCAGCGUCUCGCAGUCUGUUUGAGAUUACUGUCGCGAACAUAGACGUGGAGCCCGAAAAGAACUCUGGUAGGAUUCUCGCAUUGGGUGAUGUCAACACCUACGUCAACCCUGCACGCAUUACGCCGACCUUGCCUCUUCCCCAAGACACGAUACCUUUCGCUUUUACAAAGGCCAUGUCGGUCAGACAGCUGCAGAUGUUCGGCUGGAUCGAGCUAUCCAUGGUUAGAUGGCUUCGACACAUGACCACACAACCUCAACUUGAUCAAUUUACGAAUGAUGAGCAGCUCGCGUCAUCUGUCCUCAGCUUGGCAUCGAAGUGCUGGGAACAGCUCGACGGAAGCUCGAAAGAGACGGUUGCGAAGAUCCUCACACCUCACACGAUCAUGCCGACCAAGAUGGGCAUGCGCCGGCCUACAGAUUCGUACUUCCCAACUGUCAAGCUGUUUGAUGACUUGCCCACCAUAAAGGCUUUUGCUGGCUCAAGAGAAAAGUUUCUGCUUGCACUUGGUGUGCGAAAGACGAUCGACUUGCCCACCGUAUUCGACCGGAUGCGCAAUCGUGAUGCAGGGCAGACAGAAAAAGGAUCCUGGAACCACGCCGAUCUCAUCCGGUACUUUGCGUCCGUCAUUGACGAGAUUCCCAAGAAGGACUUGGAUCGACUGCGAGAGACUCCGUUUCUACCUGGUGAGGGCGCAUCUGUGAAGCCCGGGCAGCUCUUCAAAGCUUCCGACUUGUAUGCGCCAGACCAAGCGGUCGUUCCGCUUGGGCUGACUCAGAUCAAACUGCCUUUCGAGUUCAAACCUAAUCUUCGUGAAGGCGCUUUGCUUUUGCGCCUAGGUCUGAAACAGUGGCCAGACUCUAUCGCAAUCGCCAGUAUCCUUCACAAAGCUGGACAAUCCAAUGAUAAGCAGCUAUACAAUAUGGCCAUGGACUACUUCCUGCAAAACUACUACAGGAACGGCUAUGCUGCUGAGGCCCAGAGAUUAGCGGCCUUGACCAUUCCCAUACUGCCGACCGAGCAGGCACUGUUUCCUGCACUCGUUGGACCGUUCCAAUGUUAUACUGAUGAGAAUGCGGCUUGCCUGGGCUUCGCUAUCCUUCGAAGCGAUCUUCGACCACAUGCGGACAAAUUCGGCGUACACAGAAAUCCUCCCAUCGGGCCAUGUGUGCAGUAUCUCCUAAACACUCCACCAAAGACGAAGCUAGAUGCUGAGAUGCAAUUCUCGUACCUUGCAUCGCGCGCGACCGAUCUAGAGCAGAACAAGGGUUUGAUAGCCAAGAUUUCGGCCUCCAACAUUGUCCCUGUAUUUCGCAAGUACUACCUAGACCCUGCUUGCAGUGGAUUUGAAGAUCGCACGAAGCAGCAGACGGGCAAGACGGAGAUGCGUAUUCAUCACCACGACCCACCCGAGCAUGUCUUUGUAGGCCGUGACCAGGAGUACCGUGGUAUUCUCGACUACGUUCAAUACGGCGCCGAAGCCACUGCGUUCCUGCUCAAGGUGGGCGCGAAGCAUGAGCCAAGCACACACGAUUUAGCGUUAUUGCUAGCGAGGAACCCAGCUCGCUUCUUGAACACGAUUGGACAGGAGAAGUACCUGGACUUGUUGCGGAAACUGGCCGAGCACGCAGAGAGCAUCUGGAAAGAUAAGGAAAUAGUCAGGCAGCUAGUCGCUUCGCGUGCGCUUCUCGGCUACCGAGACAUCAAGGAGGAUGCGAAGAAUACCCAGACUGCUGAGGAGGAAUAUGACGAUCUAGAGGAGCCUGUUGUGCAGCGCGAAUGGUCUCUCAACAAAGCUAGCGACAUCGUGAUCAUUGAUAAUGUCAACUACCUUCUGAGGUUCCGGGACUUCAUCAUCGCAGCACCCCAGGAAGAGGUUCUCGAGGAAUUCUAUGCCAAGUUCGGCGUCCAAAAAGUGUCCGACCUGGUCAAGACUGAACAACGAAUUGGUAACGUAACUCGCGAUCAGACACAGGCACAAGACCUCCGGAAAGACAUCAUGGAGCGAGUCAGACUGUUCCUGCACGAGUACGAGCGCGAUGCGUCCUCGUCCAAGGCCAUCAAGCAUGAUGCAAAGUGGCUCAGCACCAACUUGAGCGUACAGUGCGUCUCAGACAUUUCUAUCCGCUAUUCGCUACAAGAGCGCAACGUUGCUACGUCCUCACGAAAAACCGCAGUAAUCACCAAAGUGCGCAGCCAGGGUUACGUGUUGAGCAUCACACCCAAGUACGAUUUGUACGAAGUAUCCACCGAGCUAGUGCGGCUAGUGAUCUCACGGCCAAAGCGCAAUGACGCCUUUGGGUUGGAGCGCAUCUUGACGGAGCCACUCCGUCGUCUGCAGCAGAAGGGAAUCAACGUCGAGCGUAUUCUGAGGCGGAAAGAGCACGAAGCACGCAUAGCCAAGCAGCAAGAGGUAGAGAGGGAGUAUGAAGACAAGCAACGCAUGGAAGAGCAAGCCAAAUCAGCUAUGGCAAGGGCGGAAGACAAGGAAAACGCACCGCCGGCGACUCCAGAGAAAGCAAAUCAGAUGCCGGGUUCUUUUGGUAGCCCAGAUACUGGCAUGGAGCUCGCGGACAAUCGUCGACCUCCUGAAAACAGCCUUAUAAACAACUGGGCAAAGAAGUUGGGCUUCAAGACGGACUCAACUCCACGGUCUGGCACCGGUACAGACGGGCCGCAGAUCAGUCGAGAUGUGCAGGCGACGAAGUCGAACAUCCAAAGCGCUAUCAAGGACUGUCGGCCAACGGGGAUGCAAGACAUCAACACCAAGCACCACCAGGAUCCGACCGAGCUUGACCGGGGCGGCUACUGUAAUGGCGAGCAGUGGGAGAACCUGCACAAAGCAUUCUCCGUCCCUUUCGCUGGCCGACACGUCGAUAUCUACUAUGGUGUCGCUGAAUCGUCGCCACUCAACGACCUGCAAACACACCUUUCAGCUUUUCUUCCGCUGAUUUUUGGUUUGACUUCAAUCUUUACUGUCAACCCGGCGGCUGUCAACAUCUUCUUGGACAGGAAGUCAAACACGGUCGCUUUCAAUAUGGGGGGGAGUUUGUUCUUCAACCUGGCCUGGUUCAUGGCGCUGCACAGUGACCACUGGAAUACGAGGGAAGGACGAUUGAGGGCUUUGGACAGCUGGUUCUGUACGUAUUGCCACGAACUUGCGCACAACCUGGUUGGAGACCACAAUGCGAGGCACAGCUGGUACCAGCAGCAAAUCAUCAUCGAAUACAGUCAGCAGUAUCGGGCCGCGCUGGACAAUUACACACAUGGUUUGCUUACACAGGGGUAA